UUUGGUCUCCCUCUCUUCAAGGCCACUAUGUAUAGGAUGGACCAGAAACACAGAGGCCAUUGUGUCAUCAUCAACAACGAGAUAUUUGCUGCUUCCCUGCCAAAUAGGCAUGGGACCCAGAAAGAUGUGGAGUGCCUGACACAAGUGUUUCAGUGGCUUGAGUUUACAGUCAGCACAUAUAAUAAUAAGACAAAGGAAGCCCUAGACGCACUGCUGCAGGAGGAGAAGCGCCACCCAGACCAUAAGCAUGCAGACUGCUUCGUGUUCUGUGUCCUGACCCAUGGCGAAUUUGGAACUGUCUACUCUUCUGAUGCAGUCCCCAUUCCCAUCCGGGACAUUGUAUCUCACUUCACAGCCCAGCAAUGUCCUGGAUUGGCUGGCAAGCCUAAACUCUUCUUCAUCCAGGCCUGUCAAGGGGAUGAGAUACAACCUGUUGCAUCCAUCCAAACUGAUGCUGUGAAUCCUGAGUGUAUAACUCCUUCCCUUCGGCAAAGCAUCCCUAAUGAGGCAGAUUUCCUGCUUGGUCUGGCUACAGUCCCUGGGUAUGCAUCUGUUCGGCAUGUGAAGAAUGGCAGCUGGUAUAUACAGUCUCUCUGUGAACAUUUGAAAGCCUUGGUCCCAAGAGGUGAAGACAUCCUAUCCAUCCUCACGGCGGUUAAUAAUGAUGUGAGUCAACAAAAGGACAGAAGUGGGAAAAUGAGACAGAUGCCCCAGCCUGCUUUCACACUAAGGAAGCGACUAGUAUUUCCUGUGCCACAGGAGCAGCCUUCAUCAUAGAAGGGAAUUUGAUGGAAUAAUAGGCUUGAAAGGAACCUUUGAUCACAUCCUCUUUCCUCCCAUCCUGCAUGGGAACCUGUGACAGAUGAUGAGCUGGUCUCCAUCUGUCCUCUAUUUUUUCAAUACAUCAAUUCUGACCUUUUUUUGAAAAUACUAUUUUUGAUAAGUCUGAACAUUAGACACUUUUCCUUAUUGAAGACAUAGGUCGUAUGUAGCUUUAAUUGUGUAACUUGAAUAGAAUAAUUGGUUGUGGUUUGUGAAUCUGAGAUACUCAGUAGAAUUAGGUUUGGUUCAAACUUCUCUUGAACCCAAGGAACCACUGUUCUUAACAGACUGUUCAGCUGCUCCAGUAACAGAAACUGCAGGUUACUGUCAACAUCUGUGUUGACUAGAAGCUUUCAAGUGUUGCUGACAGAACACCUAACUCAAACUAAGUGAAACGAAUUUAAACCCACCAAUGAAGAAAACUGGCUUCAGGCAAGACUCAGUGUACAGAGAAGCACCUUUCUCUUCCCUGAGUAUCCUCAGAUUUUGCAAUUGCACUGUAAUCAACAGCCUUCACCUUGCACUACACACUCUACUGCUCUGGCCUGACAGACAGGCAGAGAGUCCAUCUCAGGGAUCAGAGCUGUUUAUUGGGUUGUUAUCAUGGGGUUGUCCUUGGUCGGAGAGAUACUAGGCACUGGAUUAAGGAAGCAGCUUCAUUUUGAAACAUUGAUACCUUGAGAAUAAGAUUUUGGAUUUUUUUUGUUCUUAAUUUUUUUUCUUUUUCAGUUUCAAGAGAAAGUUUUCUUUGUAUUUCCUGGAAUCAUAUUUUAAAGUAGACCUGGGAGGGAGAUUGAAAGUUCUGUGGUUAAAUGAUUUAUAGAUAAGGAAGCUGAGCCUAAGGAGCUAUAACAACUUACAGUUACCUGCUGUCAUGGCUUAUUGACUUUAUUUCCCAUGAAAGUGAACUGUAAUGAUAUAGGCUAUCAUACGAUAUUAUGAACAUUUCUUUGCACAUGCAACUACUCAUAAGAAAUGCUAAGAAAUGCAGGAAAAUAUCUUUCGAGAGUGCCUUGAUAAAUAUGUGAAAGUUAAAUGCAUCUAUAAUGGGUUUUCCAUGAGUAGUUUUUAUACUACUUUUCUCGGGUAGCUAGCAUUGCAUGACUUUGAAUGCCACUUGACUGAAGAACUAUGUUUAAUUUACAUGUUAGGAUGGUCUUCCCAAAGCAUUUUUUUCAUACAGCAAAGGCUAAAAGCUGGUGAUAAGAGUCUCUGGCCAGGUGGAUAUGUGUAGCCUUUGGCCACUUAACAGUCGUUCUCUGCAAGUGAUGGAUGGCAUGACACAAAAGAAAGAACCAAGGACACGGAACAAAGCCUUGAUAUUUAUUUUGUCCUGCACGUCCCUUUCUCUGAGACACUAAUUCAAUCCAGCCAACUUUUGGAGCCUCAGCCACAAGAUAUUGGAAACGUGAUAGAAAAUGUGUAGUUCUGUA